AUGGCAAUGCUGCCAAAAUCAGACAUGGAAAUUCUCUCUCAAGAAAUAAUCCAUGAAGAUGGACACUAUCGUCUUCGCACCGGCCUGAGAGUCCGCUACCUAACGAUCUCGGUCGGCACAUUGGACGAUGAUACCAUGUGUCGGCCAUAUUCCCAACCUUCCAGACCUUCCCGACUCGCAAAUGGCUCCCUCACGUCGGUCAUCUCUAUGGACCCGCUGCCCGAGAUCCGCACAGCCUGGCAUGAACAGCAUGUGGACGUCUUGACCCUGAAGAGUACGGGGCGUUUUCGCUCUGGAGUGCAUGAGGUCCAAUAUGAUGAUGUACCUGCCAUCGACAAAAUUGCCUGCUUCGAAUGGGAGAUACGCAGAAUUGAACGUGAAACGUGGGCGUAUUCGCUCUUGGCAGAUGAUCACAGCCAGAAUCCAAAUGAAUCACCCAUUGCACCUAAAUUACUCGCUCAUCUGACCGAGAAUGGUAGAAUCAUGGGUCUUCUACUGGAAAAAGUAGACGGAGAGUCAGCUUGUAUCAACGAUCUGGAUCACUGCGAGACACUGCUUCGCCGACUGCAUCAUGACCUUGGGCUGAUCCAUGGGGACGUGAAUCGGUACAACUUCCUUGUUGACCGGGUUUCUGGAAGCGGCGUGCGCUUGGUUGAUUUUGAACAUGCCGAGGACAUUAAUGAGUCGCUGGCCAGAGACGAGUUGUUGUCAUUACCAGCCGAGUUAACUGAGGAAACUCGGCGGGGAGCGACUGGAGAACUGAAAUAA